UCGUCGAACCCCGCCGAGUCAUGUUGGCCUUGCCAAAGUUGCGGCCAUUGCGACGUGCGGCACAAGUUGUAAAACUGCUGCUGGCCAUCUAUGCUCUGCGGAAAGUCCUGCAGAGGUUGCCAGAGCUUUUGAGGAGAUACCGGGCAACACGGCCCCUUCCGUGCAGCCUCGGAGAAGCUUUCCUUCAGUGGUCAGCCACAAGGAUGGCUGAGGCCAUUAAGAGUGGCGAGGUCACCUCACUGCAGCUGGUGGAGGCGUCCAUUCAGAGGAUCCAAGAAGUGGAUGUGCACCUCAAUGCACUGGUCGCUGAACGUUUCGACGCUGCUCGCAAGGAGGCUGAAGAAGCCGACCGACGGGUGGCAGUCGGGCAGGAUGACCUUCCAGCCUUCUUGGGCGUGCCCAUUCUGCUGAAGGAGGCCUUUGAAUAUCCAGGUUUCCCCUACACCAACGGCCUGAUGUGUCGAAGAGGUCGCGUGGGGCAGAAAGCCGGCCCCGCACUUCGACGUAUCGAGAGCCAGGGCUUCAUUGUUUUGGGCACCGGCAACGUCUCAGAGGCUUGCAUGUGGAUGGAGAGCUACAACUUGGUGUACGGCCGGAGUUCAAGUCCCUGGGGCCUCCACCUGAGCCCUGGUGGUUCCAGUGGCGGCACGGCUGCGCUGGUGGCGGCCUGUGGAAGUCCCGCGGGGCUCACGGCGGACAUCGGAGGAUCCACGCGGAUUCCGGCGUUGCUCAAUGGGCUGUUCGGUCAUAAACCCACUGGCGGCAUUUGCCCAAACCUGGGCACUCACUUGGACGAGUUUCAUGGAGCAGUCUGCCGCAUUUGCCAAAUGGGAAUGGUCUGUCGUCACGCUGAAGACUUGCUUCCCUUGCUGCGAAUCAUAGCGGGACCUCCAGAUCCUCAGGAGGAUCACUUGGCUCACGAAUACCGGGCCUGUCCUCCCUGGCAUGGAAAGGAGAUCGAGUUAGGAAGCCUCACAGUGGGAUGUCUAUCCUUCAAAGGCCGUUUUUCGGUGACUUCAGUCCAGGAAAUGCUGAUUUCCAGCAUUGGUGAGGGUCAGAGAAUGGCAGUGCAGCGAGCAUGCAAGUGGCUCGAAACACAGGGCGCAAAGAUUGAGCAGCUUCACUUUGAGGAUCUGUACGUUGGCCAAUGGUUUGAGUGCUGGUCGAGCCGAGUUCAGGGGGCUGGCACCGCACGGUUCCGGGAAGUGCUGUGUCAGUCCAAGCAGACCUUUGGCAUCCGAGAGAUUGGGCGCUACCUCAUGGGGCUGUCCCCAUACACCUUACCAGCCUUGGGGCUGGCUUUCUUGGAGGACUUCGUGGAGAUGUUCUCCCCAUCUAUGGAGAGACGGUUGGCAGAUGCCGAUGAAUUGGAGACCAAGCUGCGAGCGGUCUUUCAAAAUUGUCAGGUCUUGAUCAUGCCCACAUUGCCGCGACAUGGCCUCAGACACGAUGAGCCUCUCCUCAGAGUUCUUGAUAGCUGCUUCACAUCCAUUUGGAAUGCCAUGGAAUUCCCCUCCACCGCUGUCCCCUUGGGGCUGCACAAGGGCCUUCCUGUGGGGGUCCAAAUCGUCUCGUUGCCCGGAAACGACGAACUGACCAUUUCCGUGGCCACACAGAUGGCCAAAGCUGGUGUCGCCCGAUGCUUCGUGCCGGGCUAGCGCAAAA